GUUAUAGUUACGAGAGAGCUGCGUCUGAUGUCACUGAUAUCCGAAUCCGAUUUAUUUAAAAUUUAUUGUGUUUAUGAAUUAAACUCGAGAUCAAUCAAGGACUCUCCAAAUAAGCUUUUAAUGGAAGACAAUAUUAAAAGACAGAAAUUGUUUUAGAAAUAUUCAUGUGGACAAUCAUAGAACAUUUAUGAUGCCAGUUCCUGGGGAAUACUUUCGAAACUGGGUCGUGCAAAAAUGACGCAGUUUUACCGUUUAUCAUUAAUUUUGUUCAUAAUAGACCUAGAAAUGUUUCAAGGACAUACCACUAACCAGUCGGAGUUACGUGGUAUAGAAGAAUACAAGAAUAAGCGAAUCAAUUUCAAUAGUGAUAAAAAGACACCCUCAUAUUCCGAAUGGGAAAAGUGGAGUGCAUGCCAAGAUGGUCGUAAAACUAGGCGGCGACAUUGCUUGCGUCGGCAAGUGUGCGGGGACUCCUUGCGAAUUGAAGUAGCUCGUUGCAGUACGACUGAAUCGCGAGAACAGAGUACAGAUUCUGAAGGACACCAAUAUAAUUAUAUGCCGAUAAAAUUGGUGGGUUUGAAGCAAUUAGAUGACAGUGACGUACAGAAAAGAUUUACAGGGUUUUCACCAUGGAGUGGUUGGAGUUCAUGUUCAAAAAAAUGCAUGACUGUUAGAAAAAGACACUGCCAAAAGUGGACAAUAUGCGGUCGAAAAGUCAUCAAACAAUCUGCUUAUUGCUACCUCGAAGGUAGCUACUGCCACCUCUGGAUUCGAGGGAAGAUGCACCGAAAGGACCAAGGUUAUACCGUGGUGGAAUCUUUGCCGGCUCCAGUCCCGGCUAUACAUCCAGAAGAUUCUAGAUCUUCUACAACUCUGCCAACGUGUGGAAGACUGGGCAGGUACCGUGGUCCCGGGGGAAGGCUACGAGCUCGUAUGCAAGACAUGAUCCGUAUCAUUGGCGGCAGGCCAGCGCCACCUGGUAAAUGGAUUUGGCAAGUCGCUGUUCUCAAUCGCUUUAAGGAAGCGUUCUGCGGCGGAACAUUAAUAUCGCUUCGAUGGGUCGUAACCGCGGCGCACUGUGUCAGGAAACGUCUUUACGUGCGGUUGGGUGAACAUGACCUGCUUAUCCGGAGCUACGGCGAAGUCGAGAUGAGGGUCACGGAAGCUGUCAUUCAUCCACAGUACGACCCUGAUACGGUCGUCAAUGACGUUGCCAUGUUGCGGCUUCCUGCACCAGCAAGGCCUGAUUUAGGCCAUGGAAUAGCAUGUCUACCGAAUCCCCACCAAAUUUUGGCUCCACACACCUCUUGUGUAAUUUUGGGGUGGGGAAAAAGACGACCAACUGACGUCCAUGGUACAAGGAUCCUUCAUGAAGCACAGGUAUCUACAAUACAGCAAGGCGUGUGUCGUCGCUCAUACUGGCAAUACGCUAUAACAGACAACAUGGUGUGCGCUGGGCGCGGUCGCCGCGACUCGUGCGCAGGCGACUCGGGAGGCCCUCUACUGUGUAGGGAUCGAUCCAUGCGGUAUUAUUUACAGGGAAUAACCAGUUUUGGCGAUGGGUGUGGCAAGCGUGGCAAAUAUGGCAUCUACACCAGAACAGCAGGCUACGUUCCGUGGAUGCGAGCUAUUAUGAGCCACAAAUACUUUGAUGAUUAACGAUAAUUUUCAAUAUUUUUGAGGCAGACUCAGUCUUGCUUUAUGAGAAAUACUUCAUCAUGCAUUCACUAUUAUGUAAAACAUAAUGGUCCAGAAUCCAGAUAAAUGCGAACAAUUGGAUAGUCGAUUUACAUACAAUGUGUUAGAUACUACACUAGAGUGUUAGAUACUAUAUAGUUUGAUUACACUUCUAUGUAGUUAGAAUUCGAGGCUAUGAUAACAAUAUAAUUGGUUGUUAGGUUAUUAAAAUUACACGAAAAUCCAUCCUAAUAUCGGCCAUUUUUAAAUAGGUAGGAGAUAUCAUGGAAUUUGUGUAUUUUAUCAAAAUAUAUCGCCUUCUUGGAAAUUUAAAUUCGUAUCUCGAGCUUUUAAGAAGAUUUGGACCUCAGUUGGUUUCACACAGACUUUAGAUGUUUAGAGUAUUUUUUAACUUGCUUUGUUUACUACAAAAUUAAAUAACAAUUUAUUGUUGCUUUUAUGUAUAUAGUCAUUUACAUUGUGUUAUUUAAUAUAUUUUCUAUGCUUCUUUGUCUGUAGGUAAAUAGGAGAGAUAGUAUAAGGAUAGACUCUCUAAUUAUUUUUAUUGCAUUAUAAUGUUGCCCACAUUCCAAGAUUUUUUCGUUGGCAGCGAGAUAUUAUUACAUUAUUUAUUCGAUUACCUAAUUUAUACAAAUAUCUUUUGCUUUUAUACAAAUAUCUUUGGCUGAAAAUUUCUUGAAUAAAAAAAUUAUUACAAAGUUUGUAAAACUCCGUUCUGAUUCUAUUUGUUUAUUUUAUCAAAACUAAGCCUAAUAAAGAUAAGAUAUAAAAUAAAAA